GUCUCCGGCGGAAAUUCGCAAACUCGAAGUGCCCUCAGAUGAGGGGGAAACCCAAGGUCUUCUUCGCCAACUACUGCCGAGGCGAUCGAUUCCAGAAGAGGAUCGAGUUCGAUAGCGCCCUCGAGUACGACGACGGUAGUGUCGAGGCCCCGCGAGACAUGGUGACCAUCCAGGCUGCUAUAGAAGGUGUCAAAGUGCCUAGGAACGAAGCAAUGGGAACGUAUUUUGUCAAGUGUUUGUGCGACAUCCUGCGCCACCACGGUAGAUCCAAGAGUCUGAAGGAUGUUUAUCACGAGUUGGACGAAAGGACACGGGAGGUGGGUGGCACGCAACCCAUGUGGGAGGACUAUAUUUUUCACGAUUUUUUCUUUUAAGUCAAUGCAAUAUUUUAUCUCAGAUAUUAUGCUUCACUAACAUUUAUGUUUGCAAAUAUGAAUUGUAAAACGGGAGAACGCAAUAUCUGCCAUUAUGAUGUGGAAAAACGUUAAAUUACCGGCACAUGUAAACUUUAAAUGAUUGUUGAAUGGGAAAUGUCAUUUGGAAGUACCUAGUCACUAGACGUGCUGUGAUAUGUAGGUAAAUACAUAUGAUAAUCAUAAUAAUGAUGAUGAUCGUAAGUAAUGAUAAUAGUAAUGGUAAUCAUGAUAAUAAUUAUAUAAAACCAAUACACAA